AUGCAGAGUCGAGAAUACGUCGAUGAUGAAUACGAUAAUUUCAUCAAGCCCGUCCGAAUGGCCUCCAAACUGAUCUCCAUCUGGCCGUUGCAGAAGAAUCACACCGCCGGCGAAUCGUUUCUCAACAAUUGCCACUUGGUCUGGUUAUUUUUUGUGCUACUUUCGACGUGUGUCACUGUGACGGCCGAUACAAUUUACCAUAUCGACAAUUUGGACGAAUUAACAGAAUGUGCUCUGGUGUGCUCCAUCUUUUAUCUUUCCGUGAUACGUCUCAUUGUCUAUACGUUUCAUCGAAAGGACAUGCUGUAUGUAACUCAGAUCAUGCAUAAGGAUUGGGCUACGUCGUCUUACGAGGACAGGGUUGUCCUGAAGGAAAAGUGCAUCUUCGCGUUCCAACUUGCCAGGUGUUUUAUAAUUAUGGUAGCCGGAGUAGUAGUCAUAUUUUCGUGCUUGCCGAUUUUAGAGGUUUAUCUUCUGGGAGCGGAGGAGAAGGUUCUGCCGUUUCGCGGCUACUUCUUCAUUAACCAGACGGUCUCGCCCGUCUACCAGUGUCUCUACGUCUUCAACGUGAUGGCCGGCAGCUUCGCGGGUGGCACGAUAAGCAGCGCGACGGGCUUCAUUCUGAUCGCGGUAACGCACGGAUCGGCAAAAUUCUCGACGUUGCGAAGGAAGCUCGAGACGAUGAGUUGCGACGAUCCCAACAUCAAACAAAUUAUGGCUGACUGUGUCAAGCGUCAUCAGGAUGCUAUCGCUUUCGCGGAUGCGCUGGAGAGGCUCAUAAACGUCCUGGCAUUGGGACAGUUUGUCCUCAGCACCGGUCUGGUAUGCUUCGCGGGAUUCCAAAUCACUUCGAUGUUGAAGAACAAAGGACGUUUGAUGAAGUAUUCGGCUUUCCUAAAUGCCGCUAUCCUCGAAAUUUUCAUGUUCAGUUUGAGCGGGAAUGAUUUAAUAAUUGAGAGCGAUGCCGUGGGCGAGUCGGCUUACAGCAGCGGUUGGAUCGGCGGUACAUUUGGCCAAAGUCUGCAAAUCAUGAUGUUACGGUCGACCGUUCCUUCUAGGAUCACCGCCGCCAAAUUCUACAGCAUGUCCCUUGAAAGCUUUGCCCGAGUGCUCAGCACGUCCUUCUCCUACAUGAUGGUUUUGACGGCAACGAGCGACGAGUAGGGAUCAGCGUGC